AUGUUUGGAAGCUACAGCAGCGGCACCGGUGCUUUGGGGGGGGGGAGAGAGAGCGGCGAGCAACCCACGAUGCGGCGACGGGUGAGGCGUAACCAUCCACGAGCGAUCGAUCGAUUCGACGCAGGUCCACAGGAGCACGAAUCCGACUUGUCCAACUUUGCAACAGGCGUGUUCCGUCUGCAGGUCGCCCUCAUGUUCACCUGCAAUUUCGGUUCCAGCAACCUGGCUCUGCGACUGGGAUAUCGGCCAGGUCACUUGGCUACGGUCGAGGAAUCCCGCCUCGAUGAGGCACUGCUGUAUCUCUGGGCCUGUGCCAUCACGCGGCUUUUCCCACCCAUUCAUUCAUUCCCCCAAGCCUCGUUGAUCGCCGCGAGCACUGAGACCGACGUUUCUCCGUCGAGAACUUGGCACAUCGGGUCCUUAGCCUCCGUGAGGAUGUUGAACCACGCGAUGGCGAGUCUUGGAGAGGUUCGUGGUCGCAUGAAUGCCAUCCGUGAGCGCCAGUAG